AUGGAUGGUCAGUCUGAAAAACCUGCAGAUUUGAUGAAUGGAGGUUGUUUCCUGCAGUCUAAUAUGCAUGAAAAUUCUAGUGAAGGUACUCAAUUAAGUGCUACUGUCGGCUCUGAUUUAGAAGACACAGCAAGUCGCGGAAUAUCGAGUGGCAACGUUAAGACUUACAUAAAAGAAGAAUUGCCUGUUUUGGUUAAAUCUGUUGGUGAUAACGUUGGCUGCGGUAAGGGUAAAUCUCAAAGUAACGGUGAUAUAGCGGGUAAAGCGAUUCAGUCGCCACCAUCUAAAAAAUUCUUUUCUAACCAUUCGCAAGGGGAUAAGAGUACUGUUCCUGAAAAGGAAUACUCAGUAAAAGAAAACGGUAAAUAUCCGAAAAAAAAGGUUCUACGGAGGUAUACUGCAGUUUUCCCGCAACAUCGGUAUGUUAAUGAAACGCAGAUGCGCAUUCACGAAAGAGAUUGGAGUAUGAGAUUUGAAGACCUUUUGCGCAUUGACAUUAAUGUGGUGAAAAAGGCAACAGAACUAGUUAAUGCAAAUAUAAAAGAAUUCCUCGAGAGAAAGGCAGUGAAGAAGAAAAAGCAUGGUGGUGGCCAGAAUUCAGUUUGUUCUAUACCUUCUACCAGCAAGGAUAAGAGAACUAAAAUUUGUGCGAAAAGUUUGUUGAAAACAGAUAAUAAACCUGAAUUGUUUGACUUUGUGAAAGCGACGAAUUUGGAAGAAUUUGGACGAGGUAAUGACAUUGCAGAAGUCCUUGAGGAAAGCCAAGAGUGUUCGCUCUCAAAUCUCAGUGUAAAUGGUUUGGGUAAUGACAGUGUAGAAGUCACAAAGGAGAGUAUUCCAGGAAAGGGACUGUCGGUUGAAUCUGGAGCUCUGAUUUCUGUAAAAAAUAAAAGUGUCGAGGAGUUAGAGAAGCUGUUUGGCUUAAAGCCUUUUAGGGUCUAUAUAAAAUGCUUGAGCGAACAAGAAAUAUUGGAUUAUCAGCCGCACAAAACCUCAGUCGCUGAAGGUGAAGAAGCUGUGCAAAAUGAAAGCACUGUUGAGUCUGCGAGCGAAGGUAAUUCUAAACAGUCUCCUCCCGAAAGGCCCUCGGAAUUCACUGACGACGUCAGUGAUAUUGGAAGACUAAGUUUUGGAGAGGACAGUAUAGUAGAUAGUUUGGUGCUAGAAGAUAGUUCAAAAAGUCAUGAAAAAUCACCAGAUCUAAGCUUGCCCAGCACUCCUCGUAAAGAACCAAAGCGGUUGAAUGUCAGUCGUGAAUGCUUUGUUUGCCAUCGUAAACUCAGCGAUUGCGUUGAGGAGUGGCUUGAAUCUUUGGGUCCGCAGUCGGCAUACUGCUCUCGUAAAUGCGUCCAAGAACAAGCUGUGACAGAUGGAGACUCUAGGAUCAUGGUAUUAGGGAAAUCGGGUUUGAUGCUUCAUGGACCUGCGGCACCUACCUCUCAAACUCUUUUCGACUUUCUAAUUACUCACUCUGAAUUUACCCCCGUUUUGCCCGUGGCAAAAGAAUUGCAUCUUCCGAGCGUUGAGAAACCGACAGUGAAAACCAUGAAACAGGUAGAUGUAGAAAUUAGGACUGAUAAGGUACUUACAAAGGAGAUUGAUCAGAAGCGUUUUCAAGUUCGCAGAGCGAUUGCAGAAAAACUGAUUGAAAGGGCAAAGAAAACACCUGACUUUGUUUUUACGAAGACGGAAAUCAAAAGUCUUGCCCAACGAAUUGAAGAGCACUUAUUCAGAGAAUGCAAACGAGCUGUUGCAGGAAAAUAUCGAGCGUGGUUCAAACAAUUUAUAACUAAUGUAACGGCCAAAAAUAAUAAGGGCUUUUAUUUGCGAGUUAUAUUGGGAGAAGUUUCUAUUCAAAAAUUAGUUUCUUUGGAUCCAUCUUCGUUAAAAGAGUCUCGCUUUUCCGAUCCUAUUGAAAUCCCCGAAUGCAGAAAAUUGUUAAGAAAAAAUAAUGAGGACAAGUGCGGGACAAGUGAAGGAGUGGAAUUUGAUGUAGCAUUUGCAAAACGGAAAACCAGAACGGAAGAAGAACCGCGAAAUGACAAUGUGAGUAACAUCAGUUUGGCCUUGAAACAAGAUACGUGUAGUGGCUUGAGGAAGAGAUCACUGAAAGAGACGGCCAGCGAAAUUGAUAAAAUUCUUGGAGUGGAAUCUAAAAACACGACUGAAAGUCACAAAAAUCAUCUUUACGACCUGAACUGCGAUAUAUGUACUGGAAAGAAAGAACGAAGUAAUCAAGAGCGUAGAAGACGUGCGGCGGACAAAGAGCGAGGAGGCAGUAAAAAGAAGGACAGUAACGGACUUCUAACCCCUGAUUUAUGUUCUCCUUCACCAUCAAAACCGCAGGCAGCUUCAGCGGUGGAAAGUGCCGGUGAAUUUAGUGGGGGUUCUGUUUUGCGUGAAACCGUUCAUACUGCUGCUCCUUUUAAUCCAGAAGAAAUCAAGCCAGAGACUUUAAAUGAAGAAGGUUCGUGGAGGAAUUCGCAAGGAAGGAAUUCUGGUCAGGAGCAGGCAAUCAAGGAAGAGUCUUGGCGUCAGCCAUGGAAGUUCAGCGAAGUUGGUUUUGGAGAUUCUUGGCGAAAGGAGAGGGUUGCGGAUUUUGAAAACUCUCCUGCUUCGCAUGCUUUAGCAAGCUGGGAUGGUAUUGACAAUGAAAAAUGGAAUGACGUAGAGGAGCCAAAAAAGUUAGCUCGGCAAAGAAGGCACAAGAUUUGGCAAGAAGAAAGGAGGGAAGAUCCUAGGAAAGAAAUAGAACCAGUAGAUUCAUUGGUUAAGGAAAGUGAACGGCCGUUAACCGCCUGGGAAAGAGAGAAACGACAUAUUGUGUGGACUGGAGUUUUGAAAAUGGGGCAGUAUUUUAACUUUCCAUCAACGCUUACAGCUUUAAGCAACGAAAAAGCAUUUUGCUUAAGGAAAGAGCUUCCUCCUGUUCUUCAGAUAAUCGGACGAAUUCCUCCUUCCAUAGUGUACAAUUACGUUUCACAGCUGCGAAACAAUCCAGAUAUGGACGAACAAUUCAUGAGAUGUUUUUCUGAUAUGUUGAAAAAGAGUAGGUGUAGCGUUUUGAAACUAAAUGAACAAAAAAUGAUCAAAGACGGUUAUUUGAUUGCAUUACCGAACGGAGAGAGGACGCCAAGUGUGUUGCUUCCAUACGACGGACCAGGUGUGCCUGAUGACCAUGACGACGCAAUAAUUUGUAUUAUAGUUCGUCAUAAAGAGCAAAUUUCGUCAGAAGCUUCAUCUAGCACAUCGAAGAAGGCAAAGUAUGAAGUUAAUGAGGAAGACGACCAUGCUGGGGUGGAAAGCCCCCGUAAACCUGUUGUUGAAAUCCCUUUGGACCCGGCGCCAUCACCAGGGACGUGUAUGAGAGAGUUUGAAGCGACCAUGGAAUGUGAUCCUCUAGCAUUCGGUUUUGAUAUUUCAUAUAAAGGCGAAGAGAACCAGACAUUGCAACACUCGGAAUGUGGGACACCAAAGAGCGUGGGAUUGCCACACCUUGAUGAACCUCAACCGAGUCUUUCUCGUUUUGAUGACUCUGAAGCCGUCAGCGAAAAAUCUGCUUGUGAUUUGGAAACUCCAAAACUGGAUGAAGGCCAUCGUGAAAAAGAGGUUUUGGUUAAAAAAACGGUUGAAAAGGAUAACUUGCUGGGAAGCGAUUCGGCCGAGGAGAGAAGUAUAGCUUUGGAUACGCAGAAGACAAGCAUAGAUGAACGUUUAGCAAAGUUGAUAAACGAAGGCGACUUUGACGCAAAACAAUUUGAAACUGAUGAAAGACCCCGUACCUUUGUUGGGUCCGAGGCGAUUAUUAAGCUGGACGAAUUGGUUGGAAGCAUUGCUACUGAAAAAAGCGAGGACUCUGUGGCAGGGAACACUGAUGAAGAUUUUGUCCCGUACCAGACUUCUUUGGAUCUUCCUGUAAAAAUUGACUUGACUACUCUUCCUCCUCCCCCACCACCGCCGAUGCCAGAGGCUUGUUCUGGUCGGUUUAGUCCUAAAAGUUGUACACGUUUGCCACCGUUACCGCUGGAGCCGCCACCGUCAGCUCCAACAUUCUGUGAACCGUCUACUUCUAAAGAAAAGGCAGUGUUGGCGGAUUGCAAAGUGUCUGAAGGAGAAAUGGAUAUGGAAAUAUCUGACGAUGACGACGACGAUGAUGAAGCAGUUGUUAGUGAAAAACUGGCUUAUAACAAGAAAAAUAUGAAUACUAAAUUCCGCAUGGCAGUACCCCCUGGAGCAAAAUUUUCUAUUCCAUUGCCUCAAGCCCCGCCUACAGCAAAUCUGACAAUGGAACUACUAAAAAUACCUAAGCGUUAUUCUUUUUCGGAGAAGGAACUUUACUCUAUGAAAAGAAAAGACUAUUGGGACUUGAAGCUAUCUCUGGAAAAUUUAUGAACGAUGUACUCACGACCGAACUGUUUAGUGUUCCCCACACCGAUGCCUCCACCUCCACCUCCAGUCCCGGCACUACCAGAAGUGAAGUUCUUCAACUAUCCUAGUACAUCUUCCUUUCGACCAAAUACGAGUAAUGCAAACCCUGCGCCCGCAAAAACUACUAAGCAACCUCCCUCACUUCCAUUUCCUUCUAAUACUGGACGACGUCUUACUCUCCUUACAGCAUCUCCAUCUGGAAUAGGACUGGGGAGUUCACCUUCAUUUACUACAGGAUUCAGUGAACAAAAUGAGCUAGAAAUGCAGAAAAGCGUGUCGCGACCGUCUCAAAACUUCAUGGAAUCUGCAAAUGAAAAAUUCGCGUCGUCAUCAACGAGUAAUGUCCCUUCACUAAAGACUGGUGCUUCGCCACUAUCACUUUCUGAAAAUAAAAGGGUUUCCUUAUUGGGGUGUUAUCCACAUUCCGUAUCGGCAUACAACCAAACGUCGAACAAACGGGACAUCUUUUACUCCAGCCAAGGGUACCCAAGGCUCAUUACAUUACAAGCUCAAGACACGAGAAUUGUAAAAGCCAGCCCUGCUUUGGAUGAAAAUUGGGACACAGGCGAGCCGGUGUGUUCCGCUUCGUUUGGGAAAUCCUAUACGUUUGACGACCAGAAGCUAACCACAAGUAGGGAUUUUGACAGUGGCAGUUGCGAUUUGUACUCUCGGGGCCAAAACUUUAACCCUUUGCAAGGCAGACUGCAGCGUCAGAAGUUAAUUAGGGGCAGGGGAAGUGGAAAAUUGGUCCGUCAUUGCUCAGAUUGGUAUGAAGUUCCUAGUGAUCUACCAAACUGGGCAUCCAAUGGAUCCAAACCUCCAGUCAGACCCAAAUAUUUUGGAGAGGAUAGCUUUUACGGUGGCCACGUUGAGGGUCGUGGUUGUGAUCUUAACCUAGGGUUUGAC